UUUUCAUACAUUCUGACUGAACAAAGUUCAGUCCCUCUCACUUUCACCUUUCACUCGAUUGGCGCUAAAUUAAUGAUACCAAACUUGAACGGAUUAACAAAAGGGAAAAUGGAAUUGGAUCUCGAGAAUCCAUUAACAGGCUCCGAAGAACACCAUUUCGACUCACUCUUCGCAACCGAAUCCGAUCACACGCCGUCCUUCCUCGCCUUCAAAUGCACUGAUGUUCGCUUUUCGCUUCGCCGCCACUCUCUCUUCCUUAUUUCUCAGGUACAAAGUUCUUACAAGUUUGAUCGCUAUGUCGCUUACCUUGCUGUCAAUUACAUUGAUCGUUUUCUUUCCCAACAAGAAGUUCUGGAAAAUAAGCCAUGGAUUGUACGGAUUCUCGUCAUUGCUAGCCUUUCACUUGCUGCAAAAAUGAGGAACAUCGAUUUAUCACUGUCCGAUAUUCAGAGAGAUAUAGGUUUAAUUUUUGAUCCUCAAUCGAUUCAUCGCAUGGAAUCGCUGAUUCUCACUACUCUCAAAUGGCGACUAAGAUCCAUCACGCCUUUCUCGUUUCUGCAAUUCUUCAUCUCAUUUUUACAACUCAGUGAUUCGUCUAUGACUCAGUCUCUUAAAAAACGAGCUUCAGAUAUCAUUUUCAGUACUCAAUACGAAAUUAAGUUUUUUGAGUUCAAACCAUCAAUAAUAGCAGCAUCAGCGCUUCUAUGUGCAGCUGAUGAGCUGAUUCCCUUGCAAUUGACUUCUUUCUUAGCUGCAAUUUCAGAAUGUCAAUACUUAAAUAAAGAGGAACUUAUGAAUGCUUUGGCUAUAAUGAGGGAAAUGCCGAUAGAAAGGCAGGAGUCUACAGUCGAUGCAGAGUCUUGUAGUACGUUGACGGCAAAAAGUGUUCCUGAAUGUGAACGUACAAGCUCUCAAUGCCACACAUCAGGAUACAGACAACAUCAAAAAGCGGAAAUUGAGCGAUUUACGGGAUGAUCAAGCGUUCCAGAUUUCUCAGGUUCAGUGGUGCUAAGAUAGUAAGACUGCGUACCAGCGUCCCUAUUUUGUCGUCUCAUGCUUAGCAUUUUUGUUCGAGUGGGUUAAUGCAUACGUCAAUAGUUGAAAAGUGGAGGACCUUUAAAUUGAUUGAACUCUAAAACUUAAGUAGUGCAGUGUAGAAUUGUAACGAAUUAGAUGCAAAUCUCUAUAGGUUUCACUUUGUGCUUCGAAAUGUCGAUAGUAUAUGUUGCGUCAAAAAGUGCUAAGCAAGCUAUGUACUAUUCAAUCUAUUAAAAUAAGCAUGGACAAAAAGGCGGCAAAGCAAUUCAGAGAAAUUACUCGUACUGAUGCAUCUGUAAACUGACCAAGAAAUCUUUAUCUUGUUCUUUAAUGGUC